GUCGUUAUGAAGUUUCUUCUGUUUAUUUCCUUGAUUCAGGUGUCAUGCUUUAUUGUAAAUGGUAAGUGGAUCAAGUGCUUAAUUGUUUGUAUUGACUUUGUUCAUUAACCAGUAUAAUAUUUUUGUAUUAGCUUGUACAACUGGGGAAGUAAGAUUAGUUAAUGGUGCUACUCCUAAUCAAGGACGUGUUGAGAUAUGUAUCAGUGGAACAUGGGGGACAGUUUGUGAUGACUUAUGGACCAAUAGUAAUGCAAGAGUUGUGUGUAGACAAUUGGGAUACAGUACUGAUGGUGAGUUGCCUCUCUAUAUCUUUUUUCUCUUUCUGUGGUCAUUUUUGACACUUUAAUUCAAUUGCUAGAUCUACAUGUAGUUCUAGCUAUGAAAUUUUUCAAAUUAUAUUAUGUAUCUUCAGGUGCUAUAUAUUUCUCUGGUCCCAAUGGCUAUGGUAGUGGUACUGGCAGUAUAUUUUUAGAUGAAGUGGUCUGCUCUGGUAAUGAAUGUAACCUACUGGAUUGCCCACGUAAUCCAGUCGGAAAUCAUAACUGUGUUCAUUCAGAAGAUGUAGGAGUUUCAUGUCCUUCUUUAGGUAGAUAUUUAUAUGAACUAGAUCUACGCUCAAAUUCAUCUUUUUGCAGAUACAUGUACUCCAUUAAAUUCCAUACCAUCCCCAUCAGCAUCUUCAAUAAUAAUGUCUUCAACUAAUUCAUUUUGUGAGCCUCCUUCUUCCUCACCUUGUAACUGUCCUUCAUUCCCUUCACCUUUUGAAUCAUCAUACCAGAGUAGUAGUGAGUGUACUAGUACAUAUAAAGGAUGUCCUACUACCACUAUUACUACAACUCCUCUUGUUUCAGUUGUACUUACAAUCACAACUACACUUACCCUAUCAGUAACUGCCACUACUACUGAAGUACGUAUAAUAACAAGUUCUCUUAAUAACUGUACAGCUUCAGUAACAUGUCAAGGAGCAGUUACAGCAGCAGUUGUAGUACCAAUACUGAUUCUGGUUCUAGUUGCAUCCAUCCUUAUUAUACUGUUUGUAAUCUAUCGUUAUCGUCAAAAGACUGGUAUUAGUAAAGUUUUAAAUGCUUUCCCAGUUUUAAAUGAGCCUGUUCAUCUAGAAGAAGUAAACAACAGAGCUAUUGAUAGCAUUAGUGAUAAUGAAGCAUACAAUGCUAUUGAUACUGGUCAACAAGACUCAUCAGGUAGUGCAUCACUCCCAUUGUCAUCCAUUCCUGAAAAUCAACAAGGACCUAUUUAUACUGAAGUUACAGAUACUCCUGAGAUGGAAGCUGAGAAAGGAGAGGAAGUUCUUUAUAUAUGAGCAUCCCUCAGUUAUGACUGACUGAUAAAUAAUGUGUUGAUAAUUUUGCAUACAUAAGUGUGAUCUAACUAAUUAUAUUCCUAGUGUACGUAUUAAAACAUAUUUCAUAAAUUAAACUGGAACAACAUGCAAAAUUGUCUUUUUUGCUUUUAAUACAUAAUUUUAUAUUUAUGGUCAUUAUUUUAAUUAUAUUGACUAUAACCAGUGAAUGAAUUGUGCUCACUGUGAGUCUCUAGGCUCACUUUCUUUGUUGACUAUCACCAAUGACAUGUUACUGGAUCAGCUGUUAUAUGAACAAAUAAAAAAUUUGCCUUCAUUAAUUCCGAAUUGCAACGUGUGUCACUAGUGUCAAAUGGGCAUUGCUAGGCAGCUAUGAAAACUCCUACAUCACAAUAGCCCUGGCACUGAAUCUGCUGCUAUUCUCAGCUUGAAUGACUAAUUUGGUAUAUUGUCAUCAUACUCAUUUACUUUUCAGUUACAUGUGAGGAAUGACUGACAAUUGUAUUGGGACAAAUCUCAUGGUAGAAUAGCAGUGGGUUAUUAUUGUGUCUUUGUUUGUCAAUUGUUUUGUUUUAUAAAAUAAGUUAUCACUCACUCUUUGUAUUCCCCGGCACUGAUAGAAUAAGCAUGCAAAGCAAUAGUUUGUGCAUCUACAUGUUUGUGCACAUAAGCUAAUAAAACAUUGAAAUAAAAUAGCUAGGUAUAGAAUACCGGUACAUAUACAUGUAGUUUGCUACACAAUCUACUUCGGUAUUAGAGCUUGUUAUCAUGAAGUUUCUUCUAUUUCUUUUCUCAAUUCAGAUGUCACAUUUCUUAGUGAAUGGUAAGUAUAUUGGGGAAAAGUUAAAUGCCCAUGUUUUUAUGCAGCAUGUCUAAAUAUGGACUAGUCUAUACUU